AUGGCUAAAAAGAUAGCACUACAGGUGCCUGAAAGUCUGGCAUGUCCACUUUGUCUCGAUGCCUUCAAAGCCCCGACCCUCCUCGCCUGUGGACAUACAUUCUGCAAGGUCUGUCUGGACAAAUACGAUUCACAUCACCGAGGUCAAGAUUUCAUGGAGUGUCCGGUUUGUAAGAAACGCACCAAACUGGACAAAAAUAGAGUCGCAGGACUUGCACCCAAUUUCUCUGUAAAAGGCCUCGAGGAAGAAUUACAUGUACAUCUUAAGGUCAAUGGAAAAUCAGAGUUAUGUGCACUGCACAGUCAAGUCUACAAAGACAUUCUGUGUGCGGUUUGCAAGGAAUUCAUCUGUCUGACUUGUUUGUUUGAUAAACAUCAGGGUCACAUGUUUAAGAAGAAGGAAGAGUUGGAAGCAGAGUUGAAAAAGGAAAGAAAGUCUGUCAUUCAAAAAAGUGAGAAGAAGAAAGCACAGAUCAAAAAGUCUGUUACCAAUGCUGAGCAACAAAUGCGUUAUAUGUAUUCUCAUCUGGAGAAUCUAGAGAGAGAAGUAGAUGGAUCCUUUCGUAAAAAGUCAGAGAUUCUUCUAAGACACAAGGAAAGACUAUCAAAACAAAUCAAUGACAUUCGCACAAAAUCUGGCAAGGUAAUGACAGAUUUCAUUGGACGCCAGAAACAUUCAUUGCAGAAUAUGAAUGUAAAGUGCACUCUUAUGGAACAAGAGGGCAAUGCAAGCACUAGUACUGGUAAGGUUUCAGACUCUGAUGCACUAAAAUUACUUUACAUGGAAUUCACAGGUCUGAAACAGGAAUUGGAGAAAGACCUCAACGACCCGCCCAUAACGCAAGAAGUAAUUGAGAACACCCGAUUUCGCCCAUCUGAUGAGAAUGACCUUGACCUAGGUACUCUCAACUGGGACGCUAGCGAAAGCGAGGAUGAUUCUGACCAAGGUUCUCAGGAAGCUAGCGAAAGCGAGGAUGAUUUUCUCCAAUGUCCUCCCGGCAUUUGGCCUCACCGUUGCUUCAAGGCAAGACGUGUUGCCCUGCGCUGUAUUGACUCAAGUCUGUUGAUCGAUCCUACUUUGUGUGGUGUCCAGACAGGAAGACCAUAUUCCAGGAUUGGGAGGACCAGACUCUUGUACAAGCUGAACACAGCCACUGAUGAAAGAUCCAUGGCUAGGCUAGUUAUCAGUCCAAUCCGCAAGAGCAUUGACAUCAUCUUGAAGCGCUUGCUGAUCUAUGGGGUCAUGGAUAGGUCGUGA